UGACGGCGAAAUGCAAAGUGAAAGUAAAAACGAAGUAUAUGAUAUGGCAUUGGCACAACUUUAAAUUCAACCUCGUUCGCUACGAGGUUGCUUUACAGUAAAUUAAAGUAAAAUUCAGUUUUUAUUUUAUAUAAAUGGGCACCAAAGGAAGUAAGCCAGCUUUUAUACCUGAACCACAAGAAACUAUAAAUGAGAGACAAUAUCAGAGAUCGGUGCACCAGCACGACGUCGAAGUUCAAGCAGAACGCAAUCACAGAUUAUUAAGACAGCACACUGAGCACAGACAGGACUUUCAGUAUGGCAAAGAUAGCGAAUUUUGCUUUCUAUUGAAAGUAAGCGAUCCAUCGGCAUAUCCAGCAGAAAAACUACACAAAUGGAUUACCAAUACCGAGCUGUUGAGAUCUUUGGGUGUUUCCAUUUUGGGCGUUCGUUAUUUAGAUCGCGGAAGUACGCCAGUUGCCCUUGUUUAUUGUGAAGAUUUCGAUGCAACAGAGUUUGUAUGGGACUGUUUAAACAACAUAAAGUUGCCUAGUGGUAUUCAAGUAGGCCGUACAUGUAUGCCUGAGCCUUCACAAAAUGAAACAAGAGCUGUUGCAGAAAAAGUCAAUGAGAAGAAUUAUGAUGUGCGCAAGGUAUUCAAAUUUAAUAUACUCAUGAGUCAUUUCAAUUAUUAGUAUAAUUUUAGUAUAAUUUGUAUCAAGGUAAACAAUUGUCUUUUCAGUAAAGACUGGGCUAUUCCAUUCAAUUGCUACCCCUCCCCCCCUCCCCAUAUGUACAUGUUUACAUAUUAUAGUUAUACCUCUGAAGAAUUGCUCAAAACAGUUACCCGCAAGGAAUUCCAGGGUUUGUAAACCCUUUGCCCACAAGGAACAUCAAGAUUCUUACUCCUGAAGAAUUCUAGCUAGGUCACUAGUUAGGAUCAGUGGUAACCUGAAGUUCAGGCCCUAAUCACAGAAUAGGGCCUGACACAAAACCUGUCUAAACCGUGGAAUUCCCGUCCAUCUGGUGGAUGGGAAAUCUGAUUGGUUGAUCAGCAUCAUGAAAGAUUUUGAUUGGCUGCAAGUUCACAUAAACAACAGUUUUAAAAAUAGCUCGCUCAAGGCGACAAUGGGUCGUUCCAGAAAAGAUCCAUACCCCCCCACGGAGGAAAUUUUUGCUGUCCGAAGGGGGAGGGAGGAAAAAUGUCUUAGGAUGUCCGGGGGGGAGAGGAAAAAUGUCUUAGGAUGUCCGAAGGGGGGGAGAGGGAUGUGGAUAUGUUUGUCUGAAGGUUUGAGACUGUGAUAAAGCCAUGUGAUCGGCGAUUAUAAUGAGCCCGCAAUUUUUAGCGGCUAUAUAUAUGCAGCUCUUGAACACCGGAACGUGGCCACCAAAAACUAACUCGCUGUAACAGCGUAUCCUGCAUGUUGAGAAUGAGUCGAAAAUUGACACGCUUUAUUUAUAUAGUUUGCAGUUUUCGUUCGUAUAUAUAUAUAAGUUUGAAUUAUUCAAGUGUUAAAAGUAAUAGUUAUUAAACUGUUGCUCGAGUUAAGAGACUGCUAUGUGAACUGAACUCAAAACAGUUUGUUUUAGUAUAUAGUCAAUAAAGCUUCCUUGCGAGGUGCGUAUCUAGAAAAUAGAAAUGGCUUUCAUAUUAAGGGCGAGGUUAAGGAAUGCAGUAAUACUACAAAAUGUAUUAGCAUGUAAGUAAACACAGCAACGCUUGUCAAUCAGUCGCAAGUUACAUCGAAUUUCAGUCCGAAUUUUACUUGAACGAAUUUCGAAGUGAAUUUCUGCAAAUUAUCCGACAAAACCUGCCACGUGUUUGUGUUCGCAAGUCACAAGAAGCCGCCAAGUGUUCCGCCACGCCAGAGCUAUUUGAGAACAGCAUAGAAAAGUCACAAUAAGCCAUCGCUAAUUCACUCUACGCUGGAGCAAAUCGUUUGCAAACUUUCACGUCACUUUUGCCGUAACAAUUUGAGCACGGUUUCUAAACGGAGCGAGUGAUAGCUUCGUGUGAACACAAACGUGUAAACUUGAAUGCUUUUCAGUUAAAUUUCUUGGGUCUAUUUGAAAUAUUUUGGGUUUACACGAGUGCUAAUUCAAUUUGUAAACAAACUGUAAUGGCGGUAGUAUGAACACACGUAAAUUCUGCCCGCAUUAGUUCGCUCGCGCGUAGUGUGAACGUAGUCCAAUUUUCGGUGACGUUUUCAAACGGCGAGGUAGCCUUUAGAAAAAUUUAGAAAUAGUGGAUGUCCGAAGGGGAGGGGGGUAAUUUUGGGCUUGGAUGUCCGGAGAGGGGGGGAGGAUGAACCAUUCAAGGAUGUCCGAAGGGGGGGAGGGGGUUAUUUUCGAUUUCCUCCGUAGGGGGGGGGGUAUGGAUCUUUUCUGGAAUGACCCAAUAUAAACUCUGGUCAAACGCACGUAACAAAUUCCAUUGUCGAUUUCUUCGAAUUUCUUUUCUUUUAAUUAUGCUUUAUGGCAGAAAAUAAAUCAAACAAACAGUAUUUUGAAAGGGCUUUAUCAAAAUCUUUGAUGAAUUUUGGACACACUACUGUCACUACACUGGAAGAACAGCCAAACUAGUCGUGUAUUCGAAAGCUUGUUGUUGGCAGCCAAGAUGUUCUACCAACUCAACUAGCUUCACCGGGAGAAGUCUUAUUUUUAAUAUCAGGUCCUACCGGCAUUGUUUUCUGAGCUACAUCACCUUCUUCGUGGUAUGAUUGAGAAUUUCAUUGUAAGUUGCUGUUGUUAAUACCCGUUAGAGUAUAUCCGCGUCCAGCAAGUUGAGACCUUGAGAAAGCUUGGCAGUCAAGCCAUGCACAGAACUGACUAAUAGUGCUGUCCACAGUAGCUAAAAAUAGAUUCUCCAAAUGAAGACCCCCCACGAGACUCAGACAAACAAACUAACAUUUUGUACAGAAUUGUACCAGCAGCGAACAUAAAUUGGUCUAAAUUGAUGUUUUUAUUUAUCUUAUCUGUGCUAAAGCGAAUUCAAAUUUAUCCCAAAUUACAAACAUGGUUAAUGCUAAGCACUGUUGCUGGGGAACAUGUCCAAGUGAUUCGAGAUACUCAGAAAAACUGCCGAAACAGGGAAUUGCAAAGUCGGACAGGACGGGAAUGUCUGCAGUAGCAAUAUGUUGAUUGUUAUUGACUGCGGACUGUCCUGGUUUUUCUCCAAGAACUUUUGCAGCUAACCAUUUCCCCCCGUCAAUACAUCCAGCGAACGAUGCUUUCCCGAACUAUUAAAUGCAAUCACUAACUUGCUGAAGAAGAACUUGGCGUUUACCGCUUUGCUAUAAGCCUCUACAUUUUAACCAGGGUCGCUUGAGUUUAAUCGACAGUAUAAUCAGAUGGAUCAUGCUCAAAAUAUGAGUCUGGGAUGCUGUCGUUUUCAGUGAGAGUCUGUUGUUAAAUUUAUGACUGAGAGAAGCAAUAGUUUAACCAGACAGUGUUAGGCUAACACACUGUUAAAGGGCGGUUCUCUAUUUUACAAAACUGAAUAUUUAAAAAUAGAUAAAUAAAAGUGUUGUUUUUAUAAUACAGUCGAACCCCUAUAAGCGGACACCUCUCUUAAGCGGACACCUCUUUUAAGCGGACACAUAUCUCAGGUCCAACUCGUUUUCUUUAAUAAAAUACUAUUAUUAUAACCCCUAUUAAGCGGACACCCCUUUUUAACGGACGCGGACACCUUACUUGAGGUCCCAAUGGACAAAUCAACCUCUCUUAAGCGGACAGCUGAUAAAAUGUAUUCAAUAUUCGACAGUAAAUAACAAUGAGAUCAAUUUACAUGGCAAAUUGACAGUGACACACCAACUUGGGGCGAAGACAUCAGAGCCAAGAUUAUUGAGGAAGUGACGAACGAGGACGGAGGACUGUGAGCCGCCAGCCGAAAGAUAUGUGUCAGAUCACUGAUGAUGACAAUGAACUGAGCGAAGAUGAUGAAUUCGACUGGUCUCUUAACGAACCAGUCAUUAAAUCGUCCUCCGAAGCCCUUAAAGUUGUCGAGCGGCUGGCAGAAUUCGCACAAUUUCGAGGUUCUGAAGAACUUUCCAACGCCAUUUUUAUCAAUUUUAUGUAAAUGACAUUAUGAUAGACUAUCGUCUGUGUGAGCCUCGAAAGCAAACUUGUAUCGAUUCCUUUUUUAUAUGACUGUGAGGGACGUAUACAUUUUCUAAUGAACUUUAAUGCACAACUGAAAUUUUCAUUUUAUGCUAAUUAUUUGCUAGAUAUUUUAUACUGUUUUGAUGCUCAAAUUACACACCUAAUUACACACCUUUGCCUCCUGCUGUGUUUUUCUACAUACCCCUUUUAAGCGGACACCCCUUUUAAGCGGACAUUUAGGCGAGGUCCCGAAGGUGUCCGCUUAAUAGGGGUUCGACUGUAACAUAUUUUUGUUGUAUUGUCAAAGCAAAAUAGUUCUACUGGUCAACGGAAGAUUUUAUAUUUGAUAUUUUAUAUAGUUUGUAGUUUAUCUUUGACAUUUUUUAAAAAAAGUUUAAAUUUGAAAGUAUUAAUUUUAAUUACAUUCCUAGUCAAUAGAAAUCAAUAGAUUAUAGUAAACAAUCCUAGCUUCUUUGGCUUUGGACUUUGCUAUUAAUAAAAGAGAUGUCUAAAGUAAUAAAAUAAUGCACACUAAAGCGAGUAAAUAUAAGUUAGUAUAAACAUGAAAUCAACAACAUUAAAUAUAGGGAACUUUAGAACUGAUUCGCUAGGGCUACGAAAUCUGGUACGACUACGAGAUUUUUUCCGUUAGAUAUCUGCUACUACAGACUUUCUAUCGUCCUUUCUUUUGCAUACCCUUUCUUUAUAGCAACAGUUACGCCAAACCAUAUACUAUUAUAAUACAGUAACCGCCUAUGAUAGAAACGACAUGACAAUCGAUACUAAAGUGACGAAAAAGUUUAUAUUUCUACUUCCAAAGCAAAAAUAUUUUGCACUGGCACUUCAGGUAAAGCGAAAAAUACAAGGUGUGUAUGAUUUCGCACAAAUAAACUGAAUAAAAUUUGGAUCCCUGAAAUGGCAUUUUCAACAUUCUGAGAGCACAUUUUGUAAGAAAUUUCAGGUUUUUAAAACAUUAAUUUAAUGGUGCAUUUUGUUAUAAAUCAUAUAUGCUAAGCAUAAAAAACGAGCUAGCUAAAAUUAUUGGAGGGGGGGGCGAUCACCCCCCUGCCCCCCCCCCCUAGUUUCCGCCACUGGUUAGGAUGGUUAAGUGUAGGACAUUGUCCAGUAGCGUAACUACUAUGGUCUCAGACCGGGAGAACCUGGGGGCCCCCAACCCCAAUGGGCCAAAUGGGGGCCCCAGGCUUAGGCGAUAGAGCAAAAACAUUGGCCAGGGCCUCUCUGAUAUGUUACAAUGUCAUUUUCUGACCAUCAGAAUUCUGUAAAAUCUCUCCCCAAAGUCCAGGAAAUGGCAUUUCAAUUGGCAUUUCAUUUUCAUUUUUUUAGAUUCAUGCCCUGGACCCCCUAGAAAACUUGUGCAUAUACGGUGCUCGACUCGUGCCUUUGGCACUUCUACUAGGGGGCCUUUGAAAAUUUUGAACCGGGGGGCCCCUGAUAUAACGUUACGCCACUGACAUGGUCAGCUAAUAAUCUCGGAAUUUAAGUUGCUUGGAUUCAGGUCUAAACACAGGGCAGCCCAAUCUUACCCUGUGUUAUUGAUUUAUUACGUUAUAUCUUUAUAUAAAUAGUAUAUUGAAAAUCAUUAGAAAAUCCUGUGUUAUUAAUUUAUUACGUUAUGUCUUUAUAUAAUAGUAUAAUGAAAAGCACUUACAUGUGUUUCCUGAAAGAUUUUAACGAGAACCGGCCAAGAUUGGCGUUGACAAGAGGUUAACGGCCAUAGUUGGGGUUGGCAUGAGGAUUAACAGCAGGAAAUAAUAGAAGGCUGGUCACUUUGACCGUUAAUUGGAGUAAUUGGGACAAACGCUGACAAAAAUCAAUCGAAUAACGCGAACUUCGGCUGUCGCAUCGUCGCCAAAUUACGUUACAUCGGAAGAGCGAUAAUUUUUACAUAAUAUACUUUUCUUUAACAGAAUUGAACAAUAUCUUCCUGCAGAAAAUGCCAAUUGAAACUUACAAAUGUCUAAUCUUCCGAGGUUUGUGACCGGUAUGAAUUCAUGGCCUUCAAAUUCGAAUUACACGCUGCAUUGUCAUUGGUCGGCUUUCAAAAAAACAACAGGCCAUUCGCAGAGGCCAUUCGCUAACUCCCCAAACGUUCGCUCUCUUACCGGAAAUGGCCUGUUGUUGUUUUGAAAGCCGACCAAUGACAAUGCAGCGUGUAAUUCGAAUUUGAAGGCCAUGAAUUCAUACCGGUGUCACAGGAGAUUCGCCCCCCCCCAGGAGAUUCGCCCCCCCCCCUCUCAAAAGGGGGGCGCCCCCCUGGGGGGCGAAUCUCCUAGGAAUAUCGCCCCCCUUUAGGAAUUUCGCCCCCCAUAUAAAUUUUGAAUUUUUGAUCUAAAAACAAAACGAUUGCAAGUUGAAAAGAUUUAUUGUGUGAUUUAUUUAUUUAUUACAAGGAGACAAAAUUACCUACACAUUUUAGGCUUCUUAGCAGCUGGUGGUGUGCGCAGUCUGCAUAACCACUCAUUUGAGGUACUUAGACUAGUGUCAUAUUCUACACAUCUAAAGUGGAACCAUCACAGAGAUCGCAUAAAAUCAUGUUGUCGUAUUCUUCUGGCAGUUUACAUUCACAUAACAUAUUAUAAAAACAAUCGCUUGCAAAUUUUAUCAAUACGAGUGUUAACAAUAGCCGCCACAGUUGAAUCGUCAACUUUCCGUGUCAGUGAUGUAAUCUUGAUUCUUCGCUUCCCUAAGAAAAUUGCAUUAUACAGGGUGGUGUACAGGGUGUAUAAAAAAAAACGCAACCUCGGAAUUUCCUAAGAAAUACUUUGCAAUUCUUAAGCAUAAAAGAUUUUAAGCCCCUGAGAAUUGAAAUCGAAUUGCUAAUAGAUCAUAUUACUGUUGUUGUGCAUUAAAUAAAUGCAUAAAUUUUGCUUUAUGCACUCGCGUGUGCAAUAAUUUUGACAGUUGUGCUAUUUUAAAUUCCCAGGCGCCUAAAAUCUUUUGUCUUUAAAACCAUGUCGAUUUCUUGGGAAAUUCCGAGGUUGCGUUUUUUUUUUAUACACCCUGUAGAUCUUAUUACUGUUGUUGUGCAUUAAAUAAAUGCAUAAAUUUUGCUUUAUGCACUCGCGUGUGCAAUAAUUUUGACAUUUUAAAUUCCCAGGCGCCUAAAAUCUUUUGUCUUUAAAACCAUGUCGAUUUCUUGGGAAAUUCCGAGGUUGCGUUUUUUUUAUACACCCUGUAUAAAAAAAAACGCAACCUCGGAAUUUCCUAAGAAAUCACUUUGCAAUUCUUAAGCAUAAAAGAUUUUAGGCCCCUGGGAAUUGAAAUCGAAUUGCUAAUAGAUCAUAUUACUGUUGUUGUGCAUUAAAUAAAUGCAUAAAUUUUGCUUUAUGCACUGGCGUGUGCAGUAAUUUUGACACGCCAAUGACAAUAUAAAAAUUUAUUCGCUAAGUGAGUGAAAUUCGCUGCACACGCUUUUGUUUUUGUUAACAUAAAAUUGGAAUGUUAAUUAUAAAUCCAUUGUUUUUUAGCAUAAUAGUUUAAUACGCAUUCAAAUAUUAUUGUGCAGCAGGAUAUUUCGCCGCAAAACAAUAGUAUAAGCUUCAAACAACAAAAAAUCGACAAUGACAUUUAAAGAAGUGCCUAUUGCAAAAAGUUGACCCCCUAGUAUCCGUCAAAAAGUGUGCAGUAGUUUGGCAUGUAUGGCCGGGUGCUGCAAAAAAAUGUUCCAUGGUAACCAUGCACAUUCUUAUAUUUUUAUACCCCUGAAGAUCAAAAUAUUUCUGUAGGAAUAACUUUAUAAAAAAGUCAUUGGCAUUUUGAAACCAACGAGCCAGCCCCCAGACUCCCAGAGCAUUUAAAACAUCGUAUAAAACAGGCCUUAGUGUGUUAAUCGAUAGUCGUCCUCCCAGCAAAGGUGACACAGUAAGCAAAGGUGACACAGAUUUUGUUUAGAAUUUUAAAUUCAAUACAUUAAUUAAGGCUAGGAUUGGAGAUCUUGUUUCAUAAUAGUUAACAAGCGCCUUCCAUGCAUGUCCUCCAAUAAUCAUGAUGGCUUCAUUAUUUCUAAACAAAUUGACUAAAAAGCAGUAUACACAUUGCUUUGUGUUAACAAUAAGAUAAUAAAUAUAUUUUAACAUUUAAAUUGUGUUUUCCAGGCUAGUGUAAACUCCAAUGAUCCUGUAAAGACACCAGUGUGGUCGAAACAUGAUCAAACAUCCCAGAGAAAGGAAAACCUAGCAGAAAAUAAAACGUCUUUAACAUGCACAGCUCCUCUGCGCGCUGUAAAUACUUUCUCAGAAAGUAGUCCAAGUGCACCUUUGAAGAGAUGCAAUAGUUCCAGCAGAAAUGAUACAUAUACAACAACUCAAGAUGUCUACACAGACGUAAAGGGGCAUCAUCUGCACAAGAGAAGAUCUCCUGCAAACGAGAAAAUUGUUGACGCGGUUGCUGUGCCUAAAAGAUGCUCAAGUAAACAUUUAGGUUCUACAACUGAUAGUAGUUCAAACAAUGAUGCCCGUAGUUCGUUCCCAGUUAGUGACAAGAAUGAGUGUUACGGCAUCAAUCGAAACACAGCAAAAGAAGAUAGUUGCCAAAUGCAAAAUUUAAAGAAAAAAGAACCAAUUUUUGAGGUGGAUGCAGAUACCGAAACCUGUUCAAGUGAAAAUUUGUCUAGAAAUGACUUCACUUGUGAUAGCUUGCCUAAGAAGAAUGACCCACUUAAUUCUGUCACUGGAGCAGUGAGUUGCAGUGAGAAUGCUACGGUUGUUGGUGCAGAGACGUCCAAGGUUUGGACAAGUGCAAGUCCACGCAGCAGUGAUUGUAAAGAACAGGGGUUGGUACAGAAAGAGCAGAAGCUAACCAGUGAUUCUUACUUUCUCCCAGGACGUGAUAAAGGAUCACUGCAACCACUGUCACGGAAGCAAACAAGUUCCUUUGAAGGCAACGACAUUGUAAUGAGCUCAAAGAGAAAUAAUUAUGCCGCACAAAAACUGCCACAACAACGACAAAGUAAUUUGAAUUGCAGUGCUAGCUCAAAAAGAAAGAAUUCUGAUGGCGAGUCUAGGUCUACACGAGUCUAUGUGAAACAUGGAAGACCUGUAGAAACGGUUGCUUCCCCACAGUUCAACUCAAUUGAACAAACGUCUGCUGUCAGUAUUACAAGCACAAAAGAUAAAAGUUGUUUGGAUGACAAUGGGGCUACUUUUCUUUCUCCUGUUGAAGUUGAAAUCAAUGCAAAUUUGCUUUCUGACAACUUAGAUAUAUCCAUGAAAGGUAAAGAUGAAAGUGCUACAUUUGGCGUUCCUAAGCAUACAGUUUAUGAAAAGACGCUAACUGUCUCUCGUAAGGAAGAUAUGCCUUCAAAUGUCCAUUGUCACGAGCAGGAGAGUAAAGAAGAAAUAGAAAAGCAGAAGCCGUCAAAAAAAGAACAACAAAGUAAACAGCAGGCGCAAGACAAGCAACAGCAAGAACAACAGCAACAAAAACAACGGAAACGAGAACAACAACGACAACAGCAACAACGACAGAGAGAAAAGCAACAACAGCAUCAGGAACAACAACAGAAAAAACAACAACAGCAACAACAUAAACAAAAACAGCAACAACAACAACUACAACAACAACAACAACAACAACAAGAGCAUCAGCAACAAAAACAUCAGCAACAACAACAGCCACAAAAACAACAACUAAGAGAACCACAAAAACAACUGUCGUUGCAACAACAACUACUACAAGUAGUAAUGCAACAAUAUCAACAACAACAACAACAGAAGCCAAUCAAUCACGUUGUCCAGCUUCGUGGAUUCCCCCUGGAUACGGGCGAGCAAGAAAUUCGGAAGUUCGUUAAAGACCAGUGCGAGGGUGUGGAAAUUUUAAGUCUUGUUAAAACAGAAGAGAAGUGCUUCUGUCUAAAGCUAAACUCACAAGACGAUUGCCAAAAAAUAUACGAAACUUUACGAGGAUCGUCUUUUAAAGAUGCGGAAAUAAAACCAACUUGGAAAAGACCACCAAAAGAAAUCGACCAGGACAAACUAUAUGUUGUCGUGAAAAAUGUACAUCCAAAUAUUAGCAAGGAAGAUGUAAAGAACUAUUUCGUGAACUGUCAAGGCGUUGUUGAUAUUAACGUAACAAAAGAAGGCAAAAUAACUUACGCACGCGUGUAUUUUGAGUCCGUAAAUUCUGCUGGUGGAGCGAUAGAGCAAAUGAAUGGAUUUCGUGUUCGAGGGAAAAAGCUUGAAGUAACAGCAGGUGUUGGAAUAUCAGAAGAAUUAGCAUGGAGAAAAUUAGAACGUCAGCUUCAGGAGUAUUUGGAUCAUGUGCAGAAGCAGAAAAAAUAUCUUCUCACUAAAAAUGACGAAAAUCUAAAAGUUCUUGAAAAUAGCAUCCCUGAUUUACGACCGCAGCGAAAACAUUUUUCACCUGAAGAAUCCGAUCGUCGUGAAAAAACAAGAAAAACAUACGAAGGGAAAAAGCAAGAGCUUAUUGAGCAAAGAAACGAGUUUGAAAAGAAAUUCCAACAACUUUUGGAAAGCUUUAAUCAAUACAUUGAAGAUCACCGAAGUGUUAACAACAAAAAAGGAAUGGAAGAUUUUUUGAAAAUUCACAAAAAUAUGACAGACAGGGAAUUUAAAAAGUUUAAGGCAAGUUUACCAAUUUAUGCGAAGCGCACGGAAAUCUUGGAAACUGUCGGUGGUAGUCAGAUUGUGGUUCUUGUUGGGGAAACGGGUUCUGGAAAAAGUACACAAUUGGCGCAAUAUCUAGCGGAGGAAACGUGGAGUCAAGAUAAAAAGAUUGUUGUAACCCAACCUCGAAAGAUUGCAGCAAUAAGUUUAGCAAAGCGCGUUUCUGAAGAGUAUGGAUGCAAGGUUGGCCAAGAAGUAGGAUAUCAUGUUGGUUUAGAUAAGAAGAUCAAUAAAAAGACAAUUAUCAAGUUUGUUACUGACCGUAUUUUAUUGAACGAAGUUCUGAAAGGCGGCGAGACGAUGCAACAAUAUUCGUGUAUUGUUAUCGACGAAGCGCAUGAAAGAUCUAUUCACACAGAUUUACUUGUGGCCAUGUUGAAGCGACAGCUCACUUCGUUUCCUCAUCUUAAGCUCAUCGUAACGUCGGCUACGUUGAAUACCGAGGUGUUUCGAAGAUAUUUUGACAAUUGUCCCUUGGUGAAAGUGCCAGGUAGGACAUUUCCCGUAGAGAGUGUUUAUACAAGGGAAAGACCUAAAGAUUAUGAUUAUGUUGAUGGUGUGUAUGAGAAGGUGAUGGAGGUUUGUGAAAGCGGAGAACAGGGAGAUAUUCUGGUAUUUUUGACGCAGCAGAAUGAAAUUGAGAAGACAUGUGAUAAGUUAGAGAAGAAAGUAGGAAGGGGAAGUAUCAUUCUUCCACUUCAUGGAAAGUUACAAUCAGAUGAACAACAGAAGGUACUGCAAUACUUUUGUAUAUUAUAUUAAAAAGAGAAAGUUUUAGGUUGGAUCCUCGUAUUUCGCGUGCGAAUAUAUUUCCCUUUGAUGAUGAUCCCAAUUGCAACCUUGACCCUAAAUGUUUUUUUGUUCGAAAAACAUCCUUUUUUUGUGUUGUUGUUUUUUUCCAAAAAGUAGUACGGGUACCAAUUUUAUCCGUGCCGUACCAAAAAUUGAGCGUAGUGUAAACAGAGCUUCAAACACAUCUCGUGUGAAAACUUUAUUCCUACAAAUCUCAUGGAUUUAUUGAACGUUUUGGGGAAGCCGGGUAGCAGAUGUGAAACCUCAGGUGUUAGACCGAGUUAAAGGGAUAUGGCAAUAAAAAUUAACUUUGUCUUAUUUGAAAGAAAUUUUAAAGUUAUUUAUGAAGACCCUUUACAACGUUUUCGUACCUUGCUUGGUUUUCGAAAUAUUUUCACGAAAAACAGUGUGCAGUCCGCCAUCUUGGUAUGCUUGGUAUUAUAAUCGACCUAAUUAACUGCGUUUUUAAUGACGUCACAAGCAGGGUAAACUUGCUAAAACUUCUUCGUGUGGGACUAAAUUUCUUCGAAAAGUUUCCUAAAAUGUUAUGAGUUAAUUGAGUACUAAAAAAGACUUCGAUAAUGACAUGUGUUUUGCAAGAUAAAAAUUUCACUUUUUCUCUACUUGUGACGUAUGCAUAUGUUUAACAACUUUAAUUUGGUAACAGCCAAAUAAGGCUAGGCACGAACGGGACGGUGUCCCAUGCUAGGUGUCAGCCCACAAUACAAAAAUAACAAUAUAAAGUUAAGUGCGUAUCCAAGAUGGCGGAACGCACGCUGCUUUUGUUCAAAGUAAGUCGAUUUAUUUCGAAAACCAAGCAAGAUACGAAAUAAUUGUAAAGGAAGUUUAUACAUUAUUUUAAAUGUUCUUUCAAAUAAGACAAACGAAUCUCUAUUUUUUUAAGGUAUUUGACGCAACGCCUGCUGGAAAAAGAAAGAUCGUUGUCGCAACAAACAGUGCAGAGACGUCACUCACCAUUGAUGGCAUUCGUAUUGUUAUUGAUUCCGGCAUGGUGAAAGAACCGUCCUUCGAUCCUGAUAGAAAUAUGACCACUUUGGAUGUUAAACUUGUGAGCCAGAGUUCUGCUAAACAGCGGACUGGUAGGGCAGGUACGUUAGCGAAUACGUUUGACAAGAACGAAUGGCGGAUAUGGUUAGCGCGCUGUUCCUUACUGUUGUUACUUGAUGUACAAUUAAUUUGCCCUGAAUUGAUGAACAUGAAAACUCAUGUAAGUCGAAUUGUUUGUUUCCCCCUGUGCUUCAAGAGUUUUCCUCUGAAUCCUAUGGUUGACUUCCUUCACCAAAAAACCCUUCUCUCUGCUUCGUAAUGAGUCAUGGGUCAACUCGGUUCUCAGCUGCAAGAAGAUUAACAACCCGUACUCUUCCCUUUACAACUGAGUGACUGUGGACAAUAUCCUAAACAAUUUGCAAAAAAUUUAACACUUCAUACUAUAUUGUAAAUUGUGUUGUAUGCCGUGAGUUACGUACACAAUUUCUUUGCGAAUACAUUUUAUGCAACAUAACUUGUGUUGCAACUAUCAUGAAGUAUUGUUACGUAUACCAGGGCCUUCAGUUUUAGCGGGAUGUAUAUUUGUGUUAAGGAUAAUUAAAAUCUGUAAUUUUCUUUCUUGCUAGGUCGUACAGGGCCAGGCAAGUGUUACUGUAUGUAUACAGAAGAAGAUUACAACAACAUGGACUCAAGUACAAAACCAGAGAUUUUAAAAAUGCAUCUUGGGAUGGCUGUCCUUCAGUUGCUGAGUUUAGGAGUCACAGAUAUCGAGCAGUUUGACUUUGUUGAGAGUCCACCACCUUCUGCGCUGAAGAAAGCACUAGAGAGCUUGAAACUACUGGGUGCUUUGAACCCUGACGGAACAUUGAACCAUUUAGGCGAAGAAAUGCUUCAACUACCAACUGAACCACAACUAUCAAAGGCGCUGCUCGAGGGACUGGACCGAGGGUGUGGUGAUGACGUCAUCAUUGCCGCGGCACUUAUGUCGAGCGGACAUGACGUUUUCUAUCGAGGAACCGUGGAGAAGAGAAACGAGUGCGCAAUUCAAAAACAAGAAUUCUGCCAAACCAGUGGAGAUCUCCUGAGUGCAAUUGAUGUGUAUAAAGAGUGGUUUAAGGUGUCAUCUAAGACUCAAGUAGCCUGGUGCAAGAAGAAUGCAUUGAAUUCCAAAUUACUUCGCUCGGCUCGAGAAACUGGUAAGGAGAUUCGAGAUGCGCUCUCUAAAAUACGACCUAGACUCAACUUACAAGUGACAGCAGAAAACAUUCAGGAAUCUCUCAGUAAAAGUUUGUUAGCUGGAUAUUUUGAAAAUAUAGCUUGGUCAUUUGGUCAUGAGAAGCUCGGCUAUAUGACGGUUUCAUCCAAUCAGAAAGCCAUAAUUCAUCCUUCGUCUGUUCUCUCCAGUCUUGGUGAUCAGCCUGAAUGGGUACUGUACCAGCAACUGAAACGCACGAAUCAGGUAUUCUUACUUAAUCUAACACCAAUACGCUAUGACUGGCUGGCAGAAGUUGCUAUGCAUAUGUUACAGUAUAUUGAUGAAGAAACCAUUGCAAGAUCACGAGUUGUACGACACAGUAUCUACCCAAUUGGUCCAGAGCUGGUUAAAGCUGUGAUUGGCUGCAAAGGUUCAACUAUAAAGCAGAUAGAAACCUCUGUAUCAGAAUACAGUGCCAUAAUUGAUGGACACACUGCAUUUUGUGCAGUGGAAUGUAACGUUGACAAAGGAAUGGUGGAUGUCUAUACGACUGAAGGUUGUCUUAAUUACGCACGUAACCAGGUGAACGAUGUGAUUCGGAAGAAGCGACGUGAACUUGAAGGUUACUCAGAAGUUUUCAUUUCAAAUGUUGGAGGUCUGAAGACGUUAGUUGCGAAUGACUUGACAACGAGAUUGGUCCUUCAACCUGGAACAUCUUGCAAGUUUGAUGUCUUUGUGGAGAAAGAAGAUGUGAGCGAAGAGGUUUGUAUUAUUUUGCAUUGAUUUAAUAUUAGUGUUGAUCUCUUUCAAAGUUGAUAUAUUAUGAGAUAGCAUCGCACAUUUAGUACAAAAGGUUCAUUAGUAGGGUUCUUAAGAGGGCCACAAGUUUAUUAGUCAAACUAUUAUGUGUAACUCUCCGUAAAUAAAGUUUCAAACAAAUAAAAAAACGGAAGGAGAUCUCAUCACUA